GAGGGGUUGGUGUGUCGGGUUUCCAGGCAGAGCACGUGUGGGCAGCGAGAGCCCCGAGCGCCGCCGCUGCUCCAGCAGCUCCCGCGGAGCGCGGCGAGCCGGGGCCAUGGGGCAGGUGGCUUGGAAGGCUCUGUUCCUGUCGCUCUUCGACUACAAGACCGAGAAGUACGUCAUUGCCAAGAACAAGAAGGUGGGGGUCCUCUACCGAGUGGUGCAGCUCUCCGUGCUGGCUUACCUGGUGGGGUGGGUGUUUGUUGUCAAGAAAGGCUAUCAGGACACAGACACAUCUCUCCAGAGCUCUGUCAUCACCAAGCUGAAAGGGGUGGCCUUCACCAACACCUCGGAGCUGGGGGAGAGGCUGUGGGAUGUCGCAGACUACGUCAUCCCUCCACAGGGUGAAAGCGUCUUCUUUGUCAUGACGAAUCUGAUCGUGACCCCAAACCAGAGACAAGCCACCUGUCCUGAGGUAGGAAGAACUGAGCCCCUUGGCCCCCAGACCCCUACAAAAGCAGGGAGUGCCAGCAUUCCCGAUGCCCUGUGCCACAGGGACGAGGACUGCCUGGAAGGGCAAGCAGUGGUGGCUGGCAAUGGGGUUAAGACUGGCCGUUGUUUGAAAGACAGGGACAGCACCAGAGGGACUUGUGAGAUACUGGCCUGGUGCCCAGUGGAGAAAAGAUCCAAGCCCAAGAAACCCCUUCUUGGCAGUGCAGAAAACUUCACUGUUUACAUCAAGAACUCAAUUCGCUUCCCCAAGUUUAAGUUCUCCAAGAUGAAUGUGCUGGCAACUGACAACGAGUCCUACCUGAAGACCUGCCGCUACAGUGCCGAGCAUCCCUACUGCCCCAUCUUCGUGCUGGGGAACAUCGUCCGCUGGGCUGGGGGCAACUUCCAGGAAAUGGCCUUGGGGGGUGGUGUGAUAGGAAUUCAGAUUGAGUGGAACUGUGAUCUUGAUAAAGCCCCUUCUGAAUGUAAUCCUCACUAUUCUUUUAGCCGGCUGGAUAACAAGUCUGCAGAAACGUCCAUCUCUUCUGGGUACAACUUCAGGUUUGCCAAAUAUUACCGGGAUGCUGAGGGGGUUGACUACCGGACGCUCAUUAAAGCCUACGGAAUCCGCUUCGAUGUGAUGGUCAAUGGCAAGGCAGGGAAAUUUAACAUCAUUCCCACCAUUAUCAAUGUCAGUUCGGGGCUGGCGCUCAUGGGAGCGGGAGCCUUCUUUUGUGACCUGGUGUUGCUGUAUCUGAUUAAGAAGAGUAAUUUUUAUCGAGGCAAAAAGUAUGAGGAAGUGAAGUCCAAUUCCAGGAAGUCGUUGUCGAGUCCUACACCCAACGGGAAUCAGAGCCCGGACCAGCUGGGCGGGCUCUGAGCACAGCGAUGGCUCUGCCAGCUGGACUUGUGCUCCAGGAAAACCACACAGGUGUGAAACCACACCAGCACCAGGAGGUGGAGAUCAGGGAUACUGCCUAUU